UAGAUCCUCGCUUCUCAAAUUCGCCUCCCACACCUGCCCUUCUCGCAUUAGGAAGCCAACUUUUGCUAGCGAUGAAGUAAAUAUAUAUAUACACACACACAUUGCCUCCUGUUUGCGCUUUCCUUUCUUUCUUUUUUUUUUUUUUUGCCGUUUUCAGAAGCAUCCAAAGGAACAGGUCGAGGACGCGUCGGCAAACCGAGACGCGAUAAAUAUGCUAAAAGACAGCUCCGCUACCCUGAUUUCAUCCCUUUCCUUAUUUUGACAUCGAAUACUUAAAGAAAAUAACCAAGACGGGCGCGUAAAACAGAGCUGGACGAUUGUACUAAAGUAGAUCUGCAUGCGAUAGCUUCGGACCAGGUGCCACCGGCGACAAGAAGAUGCAGCCUGCAAGCAAGAUCCUGAGUCUCAUCCUGCUGGUGCUGAUGGGAACAGAACUCACUCAAGUGCUGCCUGCAAACCCGGAGGAGUCGUGGCAGGUGUACAGCUCAGCACAGGACAGUGAGGGCAGGUGUGUGUGCACCGUGGUGGCUCCUCAGCAGACCAUGUGCUCACGGGAUGCCAGGACUAAGCAGCUGAGACAGCUCCUUGAAAAAGUACAGAACAUGACCCAGUCCAUCCAGACUUUAGAUGAGAGGACACAGAAAGACCUGCAGUACGUUCAUCGAAUGGAGGUGCAGCUGCGUGGCCUGGAGACUAAAUUCAAACAGGUGGAGGAGAACCACAAGCAAAAUAUUGCUAAGCAAUACAAGGCCAUAAAAGCGAAAAUGGAGGAACUUAGGCCAAUGAUACCAGUGUUGGAGGAAUACAAGGCCGAUGCAAAAUUGGUAUUGCAGUUUAAAGAGGAGGUCAAGAAUCUGACGUCAGUGCUAAGCGAGCUGCAGGAGGAGAUCGGAGCCUUUGACUACGAGGAGCUCCACAGCAGGGUGUCAAAUCUUGAGGAGAGGCUUCGUGCCUGCAUGCAAAAAUUAGCAUGUGGAAAAUUAACGGGAAUAAGCGACCCUGUCACUAUUAAGACAUCCGGCUCAAGAUACGGAUCAUGGAUGACUGAUCCCCUUGCCCCUGAUGGUGACACCAGGGUUUAUUACAUGGACGGGUACCAUAAUAACCGUUUUGUACGUGAGUACCCGUCUAUGGCGGAAUUCAUGAACACUGAUAACUUCACCUCUCAUCGGCUCCCUCACCCUUGGUCUGGCACAGGUCAGGUGGUCUACAAUGGCUCCAUUUACUUCAACAAGUUCCAGAGCCACACUAUAAUUAAGUUUGACAUCAAGACCUCCAUGAUCAGUAAGUCCAGCCAGCUGGAUUAUGCUGGAUUCAACAACCGCUACCACUACUCAUGGGGUGGUCAUUCCGAUAUUGAUCUGAUGGUGGAUGAAGGAGGACUUUGGGCAGUGUACGCCACCAAUCAGAAUGCAGGGAACAUCGUCAUCAGCAAGCUAAACCCAGUUACAUUGCAGGUAAUCAAGAGCUGGACCACUAACCACCCGAAAAGGAGUGCCGGGGAGGCUUUUAUGAUCUGCGGAACUCUCUAUGUAACAAACGGCUACUCUGGAGGAACAAAGGUCUAUUAUGCCUUCCACACCAACUCCUCCACCUACGAGUACAUCGACAUCCCUUUCCAGAAUAAGUAUUCACACAUCUCUAUGUUGGACUACAACCCAAAGGACAGAGCACUGUAUGCGUGGAACAAUGGGCACCAGGUGCUAUACAAUGUAACUCUAUACCACCUUAUCCGCUCUGAGUAGACAUUGUCCGAGUGACCUUCUCAAGCCACGUGAGAUGUAGAUUUGAAGAAGUACUGAAGAGUAGAAAAAUAACCAGUGAUUGUUCAAUAAUAGAAGACGUCAAAAUAUAUUCAAAGUAAUAUUAGGCAAUGAUAUAAACAGCUGCCAAAAGGUUAUGCCUUUCUUUUUUAAUAUUUGGACACUGAGGUCACACUUUCUUUGAUUGUGUUCUGAAUUUUGUAUCACAGAGUACUUGUACAGCUUUGUCUAUGAAUAUAAAAUAAAGCAUCCUAUUGGCAGAGAGAAAGAGAGAGAUGUACUAUGAUGCAGAAAGGAAGACAUUACUGUUUAUUUACACAAUCAUAACCUUUGUAUCAAAAGCAAUCGAUAACCUUUCAACACCAACUAAAGAUAUGAAGGCACCGACUGUUGGAGGAACCCUGUUAAAAAAAACAGUAUUGUUGUGGUUGUAUGUACCGUUCUGAUUUUCUCAAGUUUUGCAUGGACAUUUGAUAGCACUGAGGUUCACAUGGAUGUAUGUAUUUCUCAGUAAUAUGGCACAUGUAUAUGACAAGGAGGGUAGAUUAGCAAUGGGGUUACAUUAUUUGCUGUGUUUUAUUUAUGUCUACUUUUCAUUGACAUUAACUGUGCAUAUGAAAUUUUUGUGUCCAUAGAAUUUAAAGUUUUUAUUUGGUAGUUUGGAAUGUAACAAAAAAGGAAUUUAUCAAAAUAAUAUAUAUGUCAGCAAAAAAAGUAUUACAAUAGAAUGUAAUAAAAAUGUAUUUAUGGGAUAGCAGUCUAUACUUUGAUUGUAUUUCAGAACUGACUUCACAUAUCAACUGUCUUCGUAGUUUAGAAGAGAUUGAUGGUGACAUCUAAAACUGUUGCGCUUGCAUAUGUGUUGUAUCUGCAAUGUGAUUAAUAUCAAUAAAACCGAACUUUAUUUUA